AUGUUUAGAUUGCAACCGAAGAAAUAUACAACUGCAAAUCCGUUGUGGCCGUCAGCCGUGCUGUCAACCUCAUCAGUCGCCGCCCUCAUCUCUGAUAUGUUCCAGGACAGUCGUCAGCGCAUUGUCGCUCCUGUGCCGAUUCGUCCCAUCGCCAGAGAUUUGCUGCUGUACCACCAACCACGGUUCCUGCCGCUUCCGCAGUACUGUCAAACUGGCGAAGCUACUCGCUCCUCGAAUGGUCUUCAGGCAAAUUUCUUCGUUUUGCGUAGCGGCAUCGACCUGUUGUCGACACAGCGACCACACGUGGACGGAACCUACAUGACAGCAGUAAUGACAACCGGUGGCGAGAAACCUUUUAAAUGCCACGUUUGUUCCAAGGCCUUCGCAGACAAGUCCAACUUGAGAGCUCACGUCCAAACUCAUUCUGGAGUAAAGCCCUUCGCGUGUCGGAAGUGUGGCCGAACCUUUGCUCUCAAGAGUUAUCUUUCAAAGCACGAGGAGUCCGCUUGCCAGAGUCGCCUGAACCGGCCAAUUUCGUUCGAGAAGAUCGACAGCCUUGUGUCGCUGUAG